CCAUAAUGCUUAGUGUUACAUACUAAUUAUAGUACGCACGCUAGUAUUUUACAGAAGUUUGUAAAGUAUAUGUGUAUCCUGUCAACUUAUUCACAAUGGUUGCAUUUGGGAAAAAGUUGAAGGAAUUGCAGAUCCAUGAAUGGAAAGAAUAUUAUAUUGAUUACAAGUUACUUAAGAAGAAACUUAAGCAAUAUGCUCAGCAAAACGAGAUUGUUGUCCAGGAUCGCGAUUUUGUUCUUCGUGAUUUCUCUCAAUUGCUUGAUGAACAGAUUGAGAAGAUUGUGUUAUUUCUAUUGAAACGACAAGGCCAACUCGCGACCAGGUUAUCAGGUCUUGCAGACCAUUCUGACGAGCCUUUCUUACAUGAAGCAUGUUAUAGUUCGAUAGCAGAACUAAGAGAAUCAUAUAGAGAAGUGGGAAGAGAUCUUUUGAGGCUCUUUUUCUUUGUUGAAUUGAAUGCCAUAGGCCUAAGGAAGAUUCUUAAAAAGUUUGAUAAGCGAUUUGGAUUGAGGUUUACUAAUUACUAUGUCAAAACCCGAGCAAACCAUCCUUAUUCACAACUCCGGCAAGUGUUUAAGCAUGUGGGUAUCUCAGCAGUUGUUGGAUCCAUAACUCGGAAUCUUGCUGAUCUGCAAGAUAAGCGAAGACAUUAUGUAUCAAUUUAUGAUCAUCCGACCCUCAGUAUCUCGGACCCCAUCAUUGAAUCAAUCAAAGAAGCAGAAAAUCGACUAAUGAACUCAACGGAUUUCCUUCACUAUUUGGGAAAACACGCCUUUAUAAUGCAAGACGAGUUUCCAUCCCCUGCAUCUGAAGAACUUGUUGUUGAUGAACGAUAUCAUUUUAUGUCGCUUCUUUUAAACUUGGUGAAUACAUUUCUGUACAUGGUCAACACGUACAUCAUUGUCCCGACAGCAGAUGACUACUCUAUGAGCCUUGGAGCUGCAGCCACGGUUUGUGGUGUUGUGAUUGGGUCAAUGGCGGUGGCUCAGGUUUUUUCUUCGGUUUAUUUCAGUGCAUGGUCAAAUAAGUCAUACAUCAAACCUCUUAUAUUCAGCAGCAUUGUUCUCCUUAUGGGCAACACUAUGUAUGCUUUGGCUUAUGAUCUUAACUCGAUAUAUGUUCUUCUCGUUGGACGUCUGUUCUGUGGACUAGGAUCAGCCAGGGCUGUUAACAGGCGUUAUAUUAGCGAUUGUGUGCCGCCAAAGCUAAGAAUGAAAGCAUCUGCUGGGUUCGUGAGCGCUAGUGCCCUAGGAAUGGCUUGUGGUCCGGCUCUUGCUUGCCUAUUUCAAACACAAUUCAAAAUCUUUCAACUCACUUUCAACCAAGAUACUUUACCUGGAUGGUUCAUGGCAUUUGCAUGGUUCAUCUAUUUAGUAUGGUUAUGGGUGUUUUUUAGAGAGCCUGCACUUAAUAAAGAAGAGAUUGUCGUGCAACAUGAAGUAUCUGAUACGAUUGUAGAAACCGGUUUCUCUGAGCCAUUACUUUUGGGGUCGGAGAAAAUUCAACAAGAUGAAGAUGGACAAGAAGGUGAUGAUCCUAGUGAAGAAUCAUCCGAGGAGAGCCGUAAGCCUGUGACUUCUAUUAUGUCUGCCUACCGGCUGCUUACUCCAUCUGUCAAGGUUCAAUUGAUCAUAUACUUCAUGCUCAAAUACGCAAUGGAGAUUUUGCUUGCUGAAUCGAGUGUAAUCACGGAGUACUACUUUAUAUGGUCAACGAACAAAGUCGCCAUGUUUCUUGCUUGUCUUGGGCUGACUGUUCUUCCAGUUAGCAUCUUUGUUGGGAGCUACAUCAGCAACUUGUUUGAAGAAAGGCAAGUUUUGUUGGCUUCGGAGUUAAUGGUAUGCUUGGGUAUCGUUUUAAGCUUUCAAGUGAUCAUCCCUUAUUCAGCACCCCAAUACAUACUCUCGGCUCUUUUAACAUUCGUGUCUGCUGAAGUUCUUGAAGGUGUGAACUUGUCGCUCUUAUCAAGGGUCAUGUCAUCCCGCCUGUCUCGUGGGACCUACAAUGGUGGGCUGCUGUCAACAGAAGCUGGAACACUAGCCCGGGUGGUUGCAGAUGGAACAAUUACGCUAGCAGGAUACUGGGGCAUGAAUAAACUGCUGAAUAUCACCUUAGUUCCGUCGCUAGUUAUCUGCAUCUCCACCAUUAUAGCUACCUUUUUUACUUACAACUCUCUUUAUUGACCAUCAAACCUUAGUGCUAAUAACGAGUUUGUAGCUUAUGUAUGUAAGCGUAAAUAGUAAGAUCAACUAUGUAACAAAAACAAACUAUAUGUGUAUAUAAAAAUCUCAACCCGUUACUUUGAUCUUCUGACA